CUCAAGACAACGACAGAUACACAUGGAUAUUGGAUACACACCUCACUUCAGUUAUUCACUUUAGUCUGUGACCACUAGUGACCAGUCUGUGACUUUAGUUAUUCUAUGCCUCCUUCACCUUUAUAAAUUGAUAAAAAAUGCGCGCCAAAUAUUCUAACCUACAAUAGAUUUCAAAAAUACUACAUUGUUAAAGAGGCUUUUUAUUUUUUGUUCUUCAAGUGAGAAAUAAAAAAAAAUGACGACUAUUAUACAAAAAACAAAUGACCACAAUAACCCUUCCAAAGUAAUAAGAAUUGAAUGUCCUUUAAGGGUGCGUAAAUUUAGUUUUGAGGGCUUUGAGAAAAAUGAAAUCCAGAAGCCUGAAGAAAAAUGUAUGGUAUCAGAAAUGGCAGCGGUACGAGGACAAGUGCUUUCAGGAAACCAGGUUGCCAGUGAAAUAAAAAGCAGAUUAACAAAUGAAGUGGCUUCAUUUAACAGGAGGAUUCCUGGUUUUCAGCCAGGACUUGCUAUAGUCCAGGUUGGAGGCAGGGAAGACUCAAAUGUUUAUAUUAGAAUGAAAGUUCAGGCAGCAUCUGAAGUAGGCAUUAAGGCUGAACAUAUUAGACUACCUAGGACUAUAACUCAGAUAGAGUUGUUAAAUGAAUUAGAAAAACUUAAUGCGGAUUAUCGUAUUCAUGGCAUUAUUGUUCAAAUGCCAUUGGAUUCAGACAAUAAAAUUGAUUCUCAUGUGAUCACAGAUGCAGUGUCCCCUUCCAAAGAUGUUGAUGGAUUAAAUACAAUCAAUGAAGGGCGAUUGGCUAUAGGUGAUCUACAAGGUUUUCUACCAUGUACGCCUGUAGGCGUCUUGGAACUCAUCAAGAAAACCAACAUACCUCUUGACGGUGCUGAAGCUGUAGUUUUGGGGCGCAGCAAGAUUGUGGGAACUCCAAUUUCUGAGCUGCUGAAGUGGCAUAAUGCCACUGUGACAAUUUGUCACUCAAAAACACGACUUUUGAAAGAAAAGUGCCAAAAAGCUGAUAUUUUGGUUGUGGCCAUUGGGAGGCCGGAGUUUGUCAAAGGCGACUGGAUAAAGCCAGGCGCGGUUGUUAUCGACUGUGGAAUUAAUGCUUUGCCAGAUAACACAAGAAAAUGUGGUCAGAGAUUAGUCGGCGACGUAGCUUACAACGAAGCUAAAGAGGUAGCUUCCUACAUAACUCCUGUUCCUGGUGGUGUUGGUCCUAUGACUGUAGCUAUGUUGAUAAGCAACACAGUCCAAAGCGCUAAAAGGGCUGUAGAUUAUCUGUCUAGAUCAGUAUGGAACCUAAGACCUUUACCAUUAACUUUAAAAACACCGGUACCUAGUGACAUUGAGAUAGCUAGGGCCCAAGUGCCUAAAAAUAUGACUGAAUUGACAGAAGAAAUUGGUUUAUUACCCAGCGAGGUGUCACAGUAUGGUACUAAGAAAGCCAAAGUGUCACUGUCAGUACUGGAUAGACUGAAAGACGAACCCAAUGGAAAAUACGUAGUUAUUACCGCCAUUACUCCCACGCCUUUUGGCGAAGGCAAAAGCACCACAAUGAUGGGUUUAGCCCAAGCUUUAUCAACCAAACUCAAAUUAAACGUUUUUGCAACUAUGAGACAACCCUCUCAAGGACCUACAUUUGGAAUAAAAGGAGGUGCAGCUGGAGGUGGUUAUUCUCAGGUUAUACCUAUGGAGGACAUGAAUCUCCACUUAACAGGUGACAUUCACGCUAUAACUGCGGCAAAUAACUUACUAGCUGCCCAGUUAGACGCCAGGAUCUUCCAUGAAUUCACUCAGAAAGAUCAAGCUUUAUAUGACAGACUGGUUCCCAAAAUUAAAGGAAUCAGAAAAUUCUCCUCAAUACAGCUGAGGAGGUUAAAAAGAUUGGGAAUAGAUAAGACUGAUCCUGAUAGCUUAACUUCUGAAGAAAAAAGCAAAUUUGCCAGGUUAGACAUUGAUCCAAACCACGUGAUAUGGACCAGGGUGCUGGAUAUCAAUGACAGAUACCUUAGAGAAGUUACAGUGGGUGAAUCCCCAACUGAAAAAGGCUAUACAAGGAAAACUGGGUUCAUGAUCACUGUAGCUAGCGAAAUAAUGGCUAUCCUCGCUUUAGCCAAUGAUAUGAGCGAUUUUAAAGAACGCCUAUCGAAAAUGGUGGUGGCAUUUGACAGAAAAGGUGCUCCAGUGACUGCAGAUGAUCUAGGAAUGACCGGAGCAUUGCUGGUGUUGCUCAAGGAUAGUGUAGAACCCACUCUACUUCAGACCUUGGAAGGUUCUCCUGUUUUUGUACACGCGGGGCCAUUUGCAAACAUCGCUCAUGGGGCUAAUUCAAUCCUGGCGGAUAAAAUAGCUUUGAAAUUAGUUGGAGAACAGGGAAUUGUUCUAACUGAGGCAGGUUUUGCUUCAGAUAUUGGUAUGGAAAAGUUCUUUAAUAUCAAGUGCCGCACUUCCGGUAUUACCCCGAACGCUGUCGUUUUGGUGGCUACGAUUAGGGCUACCAAAAUGCACGGAGGGGGCCCGCCAGUGACACCUGGGGCUCCAUUACCACCAGAAUACGUCAACGAGAAUUUAGAACUGGUCCGAGAAGGUUUGGGCAACGUUAGCAAGCACAUAAGUAAUGGUAUUAAAUAUGGAGUUCCAGUAGUGGUAGCUCUGAAUCAUCAUACAAACGAUACAGAUGCAGAAGUACAACUAUUUAUAGAAGAAUGCAAAAAAGCUGGUGCUUCUGAUGUGGUAUUAUCGAAGCACUGGACCAUGGGUAGCGACGGGGCCGAGGACUUAGCUAAAGCAUUAGUCAAGGCUGUAAAUCAACCUAGUGCUUUUAGGUUUCUGUAUGAUUUGAAUUUGAGCUUGAAGGAAAAAAUCGAUAUCAUAGCUAGAGAAAUGUAUGGUGCAGGAAAUGUAUCCUACACGCAGACAGCCGAAGAAAAACUCCAGAAAUAUGAACAACAGGGCUAUGGAAAAUUCCCUAUUUGCAUGGCAAAAACUCAACUAUCUCUUUCUGGCAACCCAGCCCUUAAAGGAGCACCCACUGGAUUUACUUUAGAUGUCAAAGACGUUUCUGUAUCAGCAGGCGCAGGAUUUGUUGUACCUUUGACUGGCGAAAUUACCAAAAUCCCUGGAUUACCAACUAGACCAGCAAUUUACGAUAUUGAUCUAAAUAUAGAAACUGGAGAAAUUGAAGGACUUUUCUAAUAUAACUUUUGAUGUGUUUGUUGACUAAGUGGAUAAUCCAAAAAAUAUCAUUGUCCUAGUUCUUAAUUUUUAUAUGAUUGUAUAUAUAUGAUUAUAUAUUGUAUAGUUUUUUAAUAUACGAAAUAAAAAAAUA